AUGACGCUCCAACUAACAGCGCACCGUGCUCACCGGACAGAGGCUGCUUUGGCUCGGUGGGAUACCCUGAUGUUCAAGUCACUGCUGCUUCUGGGCCUGGGCCUCGCCCUUGUGGAUUCUGUCCCAGGGAGACUGGCAGCUGGGAUCAGCUGUCCCAAGGUGGAAGAUAACAGAGUGGUGCUGGACACCCGCAUCCUCAAGGCGCACCAGGUUGCCCAAGUCUUCCACGACUACCAGAACCGCUCCAUCUCCCCUUGGGAUUACAGCAUCAACAGGGACCCCCACCGAAUCCCGCAGGAGCUGGCGGAGGCGCGGUGCCGCCUGUCGGGCUGCCGGAACGCGGAGGGCCGGCAGGACUUGCUGACGGAGUCGGUGCCCAUCCAGCAGGAGAUCCUCGUCCUGCGGAAAGACCCCCGGGGCUGCCCCGGCUCCUUCCGCAUCGAGAAGCUUCUGGUGACCGUGGGCUGCACCUGCGUCACCCCCGUGGUCCACUCUCAGGCCUGA